AUGGACAACGCUCCUUCACACAUUGUUGCUGACCUGGAACUCACCAACAUCACGGUCCAGGUUCUUCCUCCUAAUACGACUUCAAAGGUCCAACCCAUGGAUGCUGGGAUUAUUGCCGCAUUCAAGAGGCACUACCGCCGGCUGCACCUGCAGAAUGCCUUGGACCGUGACGAGCGCGGAGAAACCAACCUUUACAAGGUUGAUCAGCUCACAGCCAUGCGUUGGUCGCUGGCUGCAUGGAGCGAGAUUUCCAGUGCCACAAUCGCCAACUGCUUCCGUCAUACGGGACUUAUGGACGGUCCGGCUCUGCCGACUGGUGGGGGUGAAAACGAAGCCGGCACUGUUGGCCAGCAGGCCCAGCAGGAGGCAGCAGCUGCUGCAGUAGAGGAGCAGCGCGUGGAACAGGAUCUUGUUUCGGCGCUGGAAAGGCUCCGCUCCGCAAUCCCAUGUCGAUCGCUUCUCUUCUCAAUCCGGCUGAGGAGGAGGAGACGGCGCAUGCGGAGCUGA